AUGCUCGUUGACGAAAUGCCGCGUAGUUUUGUUAAGAAGAACAAUAGUUAUAGUCAUUAUCCGCUGAAAAAGCGGCCAGUGCAUGUCUUGUAUGAAGAGUCUUCUGAAUCUGUCAAAGAUGUAAUCAUUGAUGUGGUGACAGAUGACAUCCCAGAGCCAGAAAACCUGAGCACCAAACCAGAAGACUUGAGCAGAAUAUCUGAGAAAUAUCGUUCAACAAAAUCAAUAUCACGAUCUCCAUCACCAACGACGAUAAGUCAACAAUCAAGUUCUCCAGUUCGAUUGAUUCCAGUCCAACCGACACUACAUCAACAUUUAUACCCAUCAAAGCCAAUCACUCCACCAGGAACUUUAUCCAUCAUAUCCACACUCGUCGCCAGAACGUGCAUCAGUGUCAUCACCACCUCCACCUCCACCAGCUUUGACUUGUUCAACGAUUCAGCGACCAAUCGCCAGAUCUUUUUGGGCCAACUCAAGUCCAGAGCAUUGUACCUUAUCUCCAACGUCUUCACUAGGAUAUGGACCUCUCAGGUCACCACCUCCAGUCACCCCAGAAGAUUUAUCAUCACCCGGAAGUGA